AUGGCGAUAAAUCCCUCAAAUGAAAAGUUACUUUGCCAUUAUUGCUCAAAAGGGUUCACUUUGCGAGGUCCAUCUGCUCCUCUGGUUGCUCCUCUGGGAUCUUCACUGGUUUUGCCCUGUUAUACUGAUAAACCUUUACCAGUGAAGGGUCUGGAGGUGGAGUGGAGAAGAACAGACUCAGAGACUCUGGUUCAUCUGUAUCAAGAUGGAGAGAGUCGACCAGAGGCCCAGCAGCAGGAUUAUCAGGACAGAGCUCAUUUCUUUACUGAUCAGAUUCAACAUGGAAACUUCUCCCUCCGUCUGGACAAUCUGACAGCUGAAGAUGAGGGAGAAUAUACAUGUAAAGUUUACAGUCAGCAGGAUUCAGGAGAGACUGUGGUUCACAUAAAAGAUGUUGAGCGUCUGCGGGUAUCAGGAUCGAGUCGCUCCAUAUCUGCAUAUGCGGGUGAUGACGUCACUCUGAACUGCUCUGUCGACUCUCACAUCAAACCUGAACACAUUGAAGAGGUUUCAUGGAGGAAAACAGAUGAAGAUGAAGAUAUCCCGGUUCUGCUUUACCAGAACAAUGAGGCUUUUCCAGGUUCAUCAGAUGCGCAAUACAGAGACAGAGUUGAGUUCUUCACUGAUGAAAUCUCCAAAGGAAACUUCUCUCUCAGACUGAAGAGUGUCAGAAUUGAGGACAAAGGAGUUUACAUGUGUCAUGUGUUUGCUGGAGUACUUUCAGCCAAUACAACUGUAGUACUGGAGAGACUGGGUUUCUCUGCUUUACAUAUAAUGGUGCUGGUUCUCUCGAUUGCUGCAUCUGGAUCUGCACUUCUGCUCUGCUGUCUGAUCUUCUGCAUAUCACAUACGGGGUUCACUGUGACAUAUUCUCAAGACACAGUUGUUCGUCUGGGAGAUUCAAUGAUUUUGUGCUGUUAUAGUGUUGAACCUUUACCAGUGAAGGAUCUGAAGGUGGAGUGGAGAAGAACAGACAAGAAAAACGCUCUGGUUCAUCUGUAUCAAGAUGGAAAGAGUCGACCAGAGGCCCAGCUGCAGGAUUAUCAGGACAGAGCUCAUUUCUUUACUGAUCAGAUUCAACAUGGAAACUUCUCCCUCCGUCUGGACAAUCUGAGAGCUGAAGAUGCGGGAGAAUAUACAUGUAAAGUUUACAGCAAACAGAAGAGUGUGUUAUCAACUCAGUUUACUGUGGAAAAGGGGUCUUACUUUUUAAGCGUGAAAGUUUCCUCUACUUCUCCGGUUGUUCCUCUGGGAUCUUCAGUGAUUUUGCGCUGUUAUGUUGAUGAACCUUUAACAGUGGAGGAUCUGAAGGUGGAGUGGAGAAGAACAGACACUAAUGCUCUGGUUCAUCUGUAUCAGAGUCGAGCAGAGGCCCAGCAGCAGGAUUAUCAGGACAGAGCUCAUUUCUUUACUGAUCAGAUUCAACAUGGAAACUUCUCCCUCCGUCUGGACAAUCUGAGAGCUGAAGAUGAAGGAGAAUAUACAUGGUAUACAAAGGAGCAGCGUAACAGUGACAGAGAGCAGCGUGGUUUGAGUCUCAGCGAGCCGAGAGCUUCCGUGGAGACGUCUGGCGUGCACUCUUAUUCCCCAGGUGGCCUGUUCCUGGUGGCGAUGGCGAAAAGAGGUGAUGUCAGCGCCAACGAUGAUUGA